AUGGCUAGCAACCAGACAACCCUUGAUGAUGCCAGAUUUGCUCUCCCUAUCAAUGAUGUUGAGCAGCAAGCAACUCUAGAUAUCGAAACCGAAGACUUCGACUACUCAAAAAGAGCGCAAUGGCUACGUGCAGCAGUCCUUGGCGCCAAUGAUGGUUUGGUUUCCAUUGCGUCAUUAAUGGUGGGUGUUGGAGCUGUGAAACAAGAGGUUAAGGCUAUGAUACUAACCGGGUUUACCGGUUUGGUAGCUGGGGCUUGUAGCAUGGCUAUAGGCGAGUUUGUGUCCGUACACUCUCAACUGGAUAUUGAGGUGGCUCAAAUGAAAAGAGACGAGGAAAGAAGGAAUAAUGAACAAAAAGAAGAAGAGGGAGAGAAGGAACGUUUGCCAAACCCAUUGCAAGCAGCUGCAGCUUCAGCUCUUGCCUUUUCAGCUGGUGCGUUAGUGCCAUUGCUAGCUGCUUCUUUCAUAAGAGAUUACGAGGUGAGGCUAGGAGUGGUGAUUGGGGCAGUGACCUUGGCUUUGGUGGUGUUUGGGUGGUCGGGGGCUCUGUUGGGGAAGGCACCUGCUGUUAAGUCAUCCCUUAGGGUUUUGGUCGGAGGAUGGUUCGCUAUGGCUAUCACCUUUGGUCUAACCAAGUCGAUUGGGUCAGUUGGGCUAUGA